GCUCAUUGCUCAAGUUCAAUCACAAAAGUCAUAAAACAGAGUUCAAAGUUGUUCGAGUCGCUCCUCAGUGCGACCGGUGUCAGUGGUGUUCGUUUAACUAUUUUUGAAACAUGACAAAAAUAGUAACAUGUAUAGCCCCUGUGAAUAUAGCGGUUAUUAAAUAUUGGGGUAAACAGGAUGAAGAAUUAAUAAUUCCUCUAAAUGAUUCACUCAGUGGUACUAUUAGCACAGAAUUUAUGUGUGCUAAAACAACCAUCAUGGUUAGUCCACUCUUAACCGAAAAUAAAUUUUGGUUAAAUGGUAAAGAACAAUCAUUUGAUAACAAGAGACUGAAUAAUUGUAUACAAGAAGUUAGACGUCGAGCAAACCCAGAAUUACCGCAAUUAAACUGGAAGAUUUCCAUAUGCUCCGAAAAUAACUUUCCAACCGCUGCUGGUUUAGCAUCGUCUGCUGCAGGUUACGCAUGUUUAGUUUCUGCCUUUGCUGCUCUGUACGAAAUUAAAGGAGACAUUUCUAGUAUAGCAAGAAGAGGUUCAGGUAGUGCUUGUAGGAGUAUAUAUGGGGGGUGGGUCCGGUGGUGCAAAGGUGUAAAAAAUGACGGAUCCGACUCUAUCGCAAAACAAAUAGCUGCAGCAAGUCAUUGGCUGGAGAUGAGAGUGUUAAUUCUAGUUGUUAAUGACACUAGGAAGAAAUACAGUUCUACGGAUGGAAUGCAGAGAGGUGUAAAAACCUCGGAACUUCUUAAGUACAGAUCACAAACUAUUGUACCAAGAAGAAUAGAAGCGAUGGUGAAAGCUAUUAAUGAAAAGGACUUCCAUACAUUCGCACGUUUAACAAUGGAAGAUUCUAAUCAAUUUCAUGCUAUCUGUUUGGAUACUUAUCCACCUUGUGUGUACAUGAACGAUACAUCGCAUGGUAUUGCUGAGUUAGUUCACUUAUAUAAUGAGUAUAAGGCUUCGAAUAAGGUUGCUUAUACCUUUGACGCUGGACCAAAUGCCUGCCUUUAUUUGUUGGAAUCGGAAGUAGAAGAAUUUUUGGCAGUUAUUAACGAGGCAUUUCCUCCACGUGAGAAUCAGGUUGACUACUUGAGAGGAAUUCCAGUGACAAACAGAUGUAUUCCAGAAAAAAUGAGACUUUCCUUAAAUAUUAAGCGACACGAGGAAGGAAUGUUGAAGUAUAUCAUACAUACGAAAAUUGGUGAUGGGCCACAACUUUCCCAUCGACCUGAAGACCAUUUAUUGGACGAGGCUGGUUUACCAAAAAGAUAGCCUAGAAUGAUUAUUCGAUAAGUUAUGUUAUAAUGAAUUUAUUCAAUUUCUUGUUAAUACGUAGCAUUCCAGUUAAUUUUUUAAUAUAUCGGAAAAGGUGUCUAUCAAUCUAUUUUUUAUUUU